AUCCACUUGUAGGAGGAAUAAUGCAUACAGAUCCAAACAUUCCUCAGGUGAAAGACGCCUUGAAGUUCGCAGUCGAUGAAUUCAACAAGCAGAAUGUUGUGUACAACAGCGAAGUGGUGAAAGUGAUCACCGCCACGAGUCAGGUUGUUGAAGGGGCCGUGUACAGGUUUGAAGUGGAAAUGGCUAUAUCUGGCUGCAAACCGUGUGCACAGCAGAAGUGUGCCAAUGUCAACGUAGAGCUCACAAAGCCCUACACAUGCUAUUUUGAGGUCUGGAAUGCACCAUGGCUGGAACAACCCAAGCUUAUGAAGAAUGACUGCAACAUGAAACUUCCUUGAAGAAUUGUUUUGACCACAUGUCAAAACAAUCAUUCAGCAUUUUAAAGAAAAUACUUUUCUUCUAAAGAUCAUUUAUUUUAGAUAUUUAUUUAUAACA